AGAUUUGGCUGGAUGAAUGGUUGAAGAUAGUUUUAGAUAUUUUAGAAAUAUUAUUUCUAAUUUAAUGCUUAUGUUUUGGUUGUAGGUUUUAUAAUAGUCGUUUGACUUUAAUCUGUAUCAAUUUCUCCUCCACCAAGUUCCUCCUCCCUUCGACUUCCUCUCCCCCGUCUGGCCGUGCAGCCCCGGAGGCGUCACUGGGCAAGGAGGCUGGGGUGGGGACCUCAAACGCCAUGGAUGUGCAGCCCUAGGCACCAGAUAUUAGGAUGGAUGGAGUCACACAAGCUGUUGAAAAUCUUAAGAAAGAAUGGGGCCAAGCAGUUUCACAGCUUGACGAGAACAUUACUGCAAUCAAAUCAUGUGGAAAAACAGGGAAAGGGACAGAGGAAGCAAAUUCUCUUCCAAGGUUGAAUGGUUCUGCACAGGAUGCUCUGCAGUUGCUGAAGUCACUGCAGUUCCAGCUUGAUCUUCUAGCACAGCAGCUUCCCACUUUUGAUGAGGUGCAGUCUGGUCAAGCAACCUUGAAGUCAUGGGAUGAACAAUACAAGAAGCUUCGUAUUAGCUUGAGGAAUGCUAACUUAGAAGCAAAAGACAACAUUAGACAAGCUGCUGAAGAGGAGAGGGCACUUCUUCUAGGCGGUGGUGAAGAGUCUACCAUCCGUAGGCGUAAUCUCCAGACAAAGGCUGGAAUGACAUCUGCUGCUGAAAGUAUCACUGAGAGCCUCCGACGGUCUCGCCAGAUGAUGGUUCAGGAAGUGGAAAGAAGUGCUAGUACCUUGGCAACAUUUGACGAAUCAACAAGUGUUCUCCAGAAGGCUGAAGGUGAAUAUCAAGGACAUCGCUCUUUGCUGAUGCGUACCCGUGGUUUGCUCUCCACAAUGCAACGACAAGAUGUUUUUGAUAGGAUCAUCCUGACUAUUGGUUUCACCAUUUUCUCCUUGGCGGUUCUUUACGUUGUCUCGAGACGUAUUGGUCUGUUGGCUCUGCAAAGGAAACUGGCCGAUGCCAUCAGAUCAGGUUCUUUAUCAGCUGAGGACAUUGUCGCGAAAGCCCAACAUGGACCUGCCCCGGCAAAUGUUCCUGCUCCUGCUCCUCGCGUUUACAAUGAAUUAUGAAUCGCUUUUAUUUUCCGUUUUAUGAAAUGUUUGACCAGGAGAGAUUGUUAAGGUAAUACUUUCCACAAGUAAGCUAUUAAGAUUUCUUAUCUGUAGUCUCAAAUGAUGAUGCACCAACCUGUCAACGUUUGAAAUUCCCAACAAGUUUUGGUUACAGUUGGAAGA